GUCUUCGUUGUUGAAAAGAAUGUAUUUUAAUGAAUAGUUUAAUUAAAUAUUAUUAAAAAAAUAAAAAUAAUUUUUUUUCACAUUAAAAAUAGUUAAGAUAAAAAGUGUGUUUAUAUUUAUUAUAACUUAUAACUAUCUAUUUUUGAAAUUUUCAAUCACUAAAAUUUUAAGCAAUGCCAAAUAAAUCGACUGUUUCAAUUUCGAAGGGAUGUUUUGUAUUUAAAAAAUCCAAAAGUGAAAAGGUCACUAAAAGAAAAUCUAAAGGAAGAAAUCAAAUUGUUAAAAAAAGUGACAAUUUAGUUAAUCAAUUAUGGCAUACCACAUAUAUUGAUGUAUGGACCACAAUUAAAUCAAAACUUGAUGAAUUGAAUGACUCAAUAUACUCUAAAUUUAUCAAUGAAACUGUGGAUUAUUUAACAACGUCACAUGCCUGUAUUGAAAAAAAUGUUAUUCCUACAGCUUGUUUAAUAACAGGUGUAAAUUUACCUGAUCAUGAAUCUCUAUUUGACAUGUUAGCUAGUAAUUUAGGAAAAUCUGAAACGCCUGUUGUAUCAGCUAUAUUAACAGCUGAAAACUUUACUAGUGUUAAAAAUAUAGUUACAAGUAUGGUUUCACAAUUACUUAACACCCAACACAAUGCUUCAAAAUUAGAUGAUUCCGAUGAAAGCGAUAGUGAUAUUACCCCUGUUAUAAAAAGAUCAGAAUGUUCAAUGUCUACUUUAACUGAAUGGUACAAUCAACAGUUAGAUAGUACUCGUAUAGCAAUUUUAAUUAAAGAUUUUGAAAUGUGUCAACUAAAUGUUCUUCAAAAUUUUAUUUUAUUACUCAGUUCUUAUUUACAAACACUUCCUAUAGUAUUAGCAAUUGGCAUUGCUACUUCAAUUUCUAAUUUACAUAAUGCAUUGCCACAUAACAUAGUAACUAAGCUUAAAGUUAAAGUGUUUAUUAGUGAAGCAUCAGUCGUAUUUUUAAAUAAUAUCAUGGAUCAGGUGUUUUUAAAGCCAGAUUGCUCAUUUUUCUUAGGUGGUCGGAUAUUAGAAUAUAUGACUGAAGUAUUUUUGUAUUAUAAUUUUUCUAUUAAACAAUUUGUGGAAAGUCUUAAGUAUUGUCUAAUAGAACAUUUAUAUGAUAAACCAUUUAAUUGCAUUGUUAUUGCUCAUAGUUCUGCUCAGAAAACUUUACUUAACUCAUUGGAUGAAAAUAUUUUUAAAGAUGUUGUUCAGUUGCGAUCAGUAAACUAUAAAUUAAAAAUUGAUAAAGAUUUCAAACAAAAUUUUUUAAAAUUAGUUCAAGAACUGAAAAACUGUAUAUCAGAUUUUCAUAUUGGCCUUCGCGUUCUUCAAGUUUUAGUGCAUGAUUUACCUCAAACACCUUUAGGAACUCAACUUAGAGAAAUGUACUGUUAUGCUAUGAAAAAACACAUAGUUGAUGAUCAGUCUUUUAAGACUUCUAUACAGCUACUAAAUUUUUUAUCAAAAGAUGAUUUGCUUUUAAAAUUUCAUCAGAUAAGUGAUGUAUUAAAGAAUGUCGCUAAUAAUAAACAAGCAAAAAGUGCAUUUAAGUUUGUACAAGAAUACAUAAAAAACAUUGAAAAUUCUCUAUUGAGUGAAAUUGUAAUCCAGAAAGAAAAACUUAAUGAUACCGAAAAACCUAAAGAAAAUCUCGAGGCAAUUUCAAGAUCACAAUUUAAAAGAAAACUUAUUGAUAAUUUAAAGCAUGAAGAUGCUAAGCCAAAGACACAAUUUGAAAAAGUACGAAAGGAAACGUUGGAUCACUUAACUUCUAAUAUUUUAAGGCCAUUUCUUAUUCCCCCAACUUCAUUGCCAUUACACGAACUGAUGAUAUUUGACGAUUUACCAUCAGUUAAACGCAAAAUAGUUGGAGAAGAUAGAGCAGCUCAAUAUACAGCUCUAGUUAAUCCACAGCAUUAUAUUGAUUGUGAUUGUUGUGAAUUAGAAUUCAUGGAUCAAGUAUUACCAACAAUGCCAGAUGUGUGUAUUGCUUACAAAUUGCAUUUAGAAUCUAGAUUUGAUCAGAUAAAUAUGUAUGAUUGGCUUCAAAAAUUCCUAUCGGUGGUAUCUACUAAUCAGUGUGAUGAAAAAGAUGAUAAUGAUAUUAACCCAGAAUUACAAGCACGUUUUGUCAAAGCUGUUAAUGAGUUACAGUACCUAGGCUACAUAAGACCAUCAAAGUAUAAAGCUGACCACGUACAAAGACUCACUUGUGGAUCUUGUUAAUUUUAUAUUAUUUAUUUAUUCAAUUUUAUACUUUUUGUGAUUUUUUUCCAUUUUAUUUUAUGUAUAUUUUUAAAUAAUAUUUAAGUUUGUACUAAGCUAUUACUAUUAAAGUAUCAAUAUUAACAAAAUGA